GGGCACGAGAACCUUGAGGGUAAUGUAAGCCACUGACGCGAAAACUGUUGAACUCCGAAAGUUCCCGUUACUUUACUCCGGGCAGGUUGGUUAGUCGAGUGUUUGACGGGCCAGUUAUGGAGUGAAUAAUCGCUUAAAAGUUCAAGGGAGUUCAGAAUGGCAUUUGACGGGCAUCAGAGCACAUUUGCAAAUUCACUCUUUUCCACGUACCAGCGCCAGGCCAAUGUAAAUGUAGGUGGAGGAAACAACGGAAACGUGACAUUGCCCUUCGCUUCCAUCCCCAUUGUCUCACUGCAGGAACAGGACACAGUAUCCUACGUGCCCUGGUCUCACAAUGCUCAUGAUGACCCCUCUGAACUGAUCAGCUGUGCCCAGAGUAGUAUCAAAAGCAGGAAACCCACUGAUAAUACUGAUUAUGAUGGGGAGACUGAUCUACAGGGUCUAGUGUCAAAUAUUUUGGAUGAAGCAGAUUCACAAGACAGCUACUACAGUGAAGGGAGCCUACCUACAUGUAAUCCCGUCUGGUCUCCAAAGACAUUGAGAGAAGGACUGCUACAGUAUUUUCAAUCAGAGACUAAAAUGCAACAUAACCCUUCCUUUCCUCCAAACUAUGUAUCCAGUGAGGCUCUCGGCAAAGCACAGGGACAUUCAAUGGACAAAGAAUUUGAAGAGUUUUGUCAACAGUCCAGUGGCUUUGCUACCAAUCAACAGUGGCUUUUUAAUUUGCCUAAUGGAGACAGAGACAGCUACACCCUCCGUCCUCAGAAACUGCCACCAGGUCUACCAUUGCCCAACAUAGGAAACAUGUACCUGUCACAGAUACAACAAAGCAAAUUUGACAACACGUCAGCUGAUAAAGACAGAGAAGAUGGUCAGCCUGUGAAUAAUUUCCCUGAACUCAGUGAUGUCUUUAGACCUCAAAGUGAAAUGAGCAGCCCCUGCUUUGAUCCUUACUAUGAAGACCACCACAUCCAGAGCAGUGCCAAGCCCAUUAGUAAUGAGCAGUAUGUGCCACAAGACAUUAAUCAGUUGGUCAGCAGUUUUCAGUUGUUCAUGGCUGGUGAGCAUGAUAGCUUUUGUCAUAGAGACUUUCCAAACAUGCACAAGCAGACAUUUGGCAUGCUCCAUGAAGACAGCAUGGUUUCACAAUGGAAAAUCACCAGUCCUGCAGUGUCAACACAAAGUACUCCUGCAAUGCAGACCCAAAAUAAGCUGGGGGGAGAAUUUGGGAUAGGGCAGAGGGAAAGAAAUGGUGGAAUGAGAAAACCACCAUUUAAACGUGAUGCCUUUCAAGAUCUACCUGGUUUCAGCUCUCAAAACACAGAGUACUUCCAGCAACCAGAGCCAUUCUCUGCAUCUAUACACCUCCCAAACCAAUACCAAAACACCAUGACCAUGCACAGAGAGAACAUUAAUGUGAGCAUUAACCAGUAUUCAAAGCAUCACAUCCAGCAGGGCCAGAUACAAAACAAGAUCAAGCCUCAGGUGCAGAAAGAAAAGAAGGUGGUGCAUAUGUCUGGAUUAAUGGGAGAAGGCUUCUCUACAAGACCCGUAACCAACACUCACAUGAGAGAGGGAGAUAAGAAACAGGUUUUCUCGCAAAACCCAUACUUUGACCUUCAGGGAGGCAUGCACUCUCAGAGAUUUGAUGGAGAACACAGCAUAGUCAGUGCGGGGAAUACACAGCAGUGCAUGCCUCUCAUGUACCCUGUAAGUGACCUCAGAGGGCACUCCAGCGUUCCCAUCAGCUCCAACUUCAGCUCUAGAUCCACUCUGCCCUACGGAAACGGUGUCCCUGGCAUGGAUGUAUGUGAUAUGUCAGCCAAUGAGCCUGCAACUUUCAACUCCUAUGUCAGUGACAUGAUGACCCACAGAGGAGAGAGCACUUACCAUGGCAUGUCCUCAGCCAUGUCAACCUCAAUGGUGAUGAAUCAAAGAGGACCCGUGAUCCAGCUUUACGUCUACCUGGACGAGUGCUAUGAGCAGUGGAGGUGUUUGGAGAAGGAGAGAAAGAGGACAGAGGUCAUCCUUACCAAGACAUUUCUUGGGAAACGGACUACAGCAGUGACCAACACUACCCUACCCAAAACUCCACCAAACCCCACAAGAGUUGACAACCUCAUUGUUAAACACAACAGAGAGCAAGCAAAGGUGGCAAGCCUUGUGGAUAGGAUGGAGUGUUUGCGUAACAUUCCCCUCCAUAUCAACAUCUACACAGCACUGAACAGGCAUCAUAUGGCUAUAUGCAUCACCCAGGCGAGACGCAAGGAGGAGACUGCCAACAUGUCUAAACACCAGCGGCAGACAACUCAUUUCACAGAGGACAGAGACAUCCUGUUGUUGGUCAUCGCACUGAAGGACCUCGCUACUACCACGAGGAAGCUCCGCACGGCCCUGUGGUGUGCUCUCCAGAUGACGCUGCCGAAACCUAUCAAAAGCGAGGACCACGGUGUUAACAAGGAGACUCCACAAAAGGAAGGGUGCUCCUCUCCAUUUGAGGGAUACUCUUUUAAGUUAUGAUUUAGCAGGCAACAAGCAUGAGUUAAAGGUCGUGAUUGAAUUAAAUCGGAAUUCCCCGUUUAUAAAUUUCCCUUAGGCAACAGGGUGAUGUAAAGACAAAUACUUUUACAUUACUUACCUGCAAGUCUAUAGUGAUAUUUUACCUGUAACACAGUGAUCACUGCAAAAUACGAGACGAAUGAGAUUUGAAGUUUGAUGAUGGCUGCAUUUUUUGGCACAAAGGAGCUUCGGGUGGCUAACUUUGGUUGUGUAGGAAAUGCAUGAAAUGUAAUUUAUCCUGCUGCAUCUUAACUUCAUUUCAUUUGUCAUUUGAUUAGUGUCAGUUCCAAAUUAACGUAAAUCUUGCUCCAUCACCGUUGUAUUUAAAGGCACUAUUUAUGUGGAAGAUUUCAGUGAACUCUUCAUCGUUUUACUUAUUUAUUGGAAUGUAAUGGAACCUCAGUCCUGGGUACUCCCAAGAAAUACACGAAUCAUAAGGGCAGUAGUUUAAAAUGAACAUGCUAAAUAUUAAAAUGUUUUCUGAAAUGUUCCAAUUAAUUUCUGCAGCUUCAGUUUUUCUUAUGGAACCUUAACAUGCUUUAAUCAGAAAAAAAGUUCUAUUUAUCUGCAAUUUGGUGAAGUUUGAACUGUGACGGUACUCAAACUUCUGAAAAACAAAGUUCAGUGUUUUAAAUGUAAAUGUAUUAAUCACAUUUUCCAAAUACACAUACAAUAUGGGAUUAACAAAUAUUCUUAUCAGUGAUAUGUAACAUAGCUAAGUUAGACAAUAAUUCUCUGGAUGCAGUUGACUGUUUUAAGACUUGCUCUGUAUCAGUAGUUUCAAAUGCACAUGUUAAAUUAUACAAUUGUUUCUGAAAUGUUUCAGGUAGUUUCUGAAACUUUAAUUUGUCUUCUAUUAAUUCAAUACUGUAAUCAGAAAACUUAUUGCUAUUUAGUCAAAAUUUUGAACUGUAACAAAACAAACUAAAACUUUAUAAGUUCUGCGUUUUACAUUUAAAUGUAUUAAUCACACUUUCCAUCAGAUUAUUUUCACAUAGUAUUAUCGAAUAUCCUUAUCAGUGAAAUGUGACUAUUUGCCUGCCAGGGACCAAAGCUUGUGUUAAUUACAAAGCAAGUCAAGCAACACGCAACAGUCUGUAGACUUAUUCUGUAUCAGUACUCCUCUGACUAUGCUUUGUGAAAAUGAGCAGGGUUGUUCCAUUCCCUGUAAUUUUAAUGUUCAUGUUAUGUAUUUUUUCCUUCUUUCUUGUUCUGUAAACUGAAAAAAUUAAAAAUAAAAGAAAUCUAAA